AACAAUGGGACUUGAAGGGCAUGAUAAUUCUAAGAUAAUGAUGCAUGAUUGCUGUAAUAUACCUACUACAGAAAAGUUGACCAUGAUCAAAGCUGAGGAUGUUCAACUGGAGCAAAUAGAGAGUUCAGAAAACAAACAACAAAGGACUAGCCAAUGGGGAAGAAAUUUCUCAUAUCCUUCAUCAUGAAGAAGAUGAAGAUAACAGAGUACCUCAAAUAGGGAUGACACCGCAUUGUUAUAAUAUAUUGCACACAGAAAGGUCAGUUAUGAUUGAAGCUGAGGAUGUUCAAAGUGUGAUAAACUACUUUAAGCACAAACAAGCGUCAGAUCCGAUGUUCUGUUACUCGGUACAAGUUAAUAAGAAAGGAUAACAAAAAAUUUUCUGGAGAGAAGGAAGAUCCAGGAUAGACUAUGAUUGUUUUGGAGAUGUGGUGAUAUUUGACACUACCUAUCAGACAAUUUGGUUUGUGUGUCCUUUGUGGGGAUCAAUCAUCAUAAGGGAAAUGUUUUAUUUUGGCUGUGCAUUGUUGUUGGAUGAGACAAUACCUUCAUUCAUUUGGUUGUUUGAAACUUUAUUAGAAUCAAUGGAAAUCGGCAGCCAGAAACAAUUUUCACUGACCAGUGGAAGCUAUUGCAAAUGCUACUAAGGACGUGUUUCCUACAACAUGUCAUUGUCUGUGUACAUGGAAUGUUUUAGAUAAUGCAACUCAAAAAAAUUCCUGAACUUUAUGGAAGUCUUGAACUCAUGAAACAGUUUGAUAAAUGUUUGUACAAUUGUCUCAUGGAAGUGGAAUUUGAGUCUACUUGGGAUAAAAUGAUUAAGGACUUUAACAUUGAAAAGAACAAAUAGCUUCAAAAGCUCUAUGGUCUUGGAGAGAAGUGGAAUCAAGCUUUUGGUGUUGGUACAUUCACUGCUAGCUUAAAAUUCACCUUGAGGAAAAGCACAGAUAAAGUUUUUCACCAUGUGACACCCAGAACAAUGGAUCUCGCUCUGUUUGUUCAUCAAUCUGAAGAUGUAGCAGAGCGAUGGCGAUUAAUGGAGUCGCAUGAAGAUCUUCAGUGUAAACAAUGUAUGCCUAAAAGAGUAUCAAAAAAUAGUGAAAUGCUCAAGCAAGCUGCUGGUGUCUAUACUAUUGAAAUGUUUAGUUUAUUUCAAGAUGAGAUGAUAGAAAGCAUAUCAAAAGAGAUGAAAGAAAUUAGAAGUGAUGGGGAAUUAUACACUCAUGAGUUGACUGAGAUGGGGGAUGGUAGAAAGCAUGUCAUGAAUUCUAAUCCUUCUAACAUUACUGUUGAUUGUACUUGCCAAAAAAUUUGAAUCAAUGGGUAUAUUGUGCUGUCAUGCUCUAAGGGUGUUCAAUCUGAGAGGGGUUAAAAAGUUACCGGAUCAGUGUAUUUUGAAGAGAUGGACUAAAUUUGCAAAGAAAGAGUUUCUUGUUCCUCAUCAAGGUGAGACAUCUUGCAAUAGCGAAAAAUCGUCUCUAUCAUUGGCUCAUAUCAAACUUAUGCAUAAGGUGUUUUGCAUCAUGGAUAAAAGUUUGAGGACUUCUGGAGGUCCUGAGAGAGCUGACGCUCUCCUAGAUCAAACUAUAGAGGAAGUUGUAAGACGAAUUUUAAAUCCAGAUGCUGGAGAAAAUGUCAACUAAAAAAGAAAUAUAUUUACUCCUAACAAUGGAAGUGAUGAUGCAAGUAAUAGUCACAGCUCAAUUGAUGGAUCACCGGCAAAUGCUAGCGUGAAAUUGUGGACGGAGAAGAAAAAAAAAGUUGAAGCUAUCUAGUUCAAUAUUCCAUCAGUUUUUCAGAGAAAGGAAAGAAAGAGGCAACCAGAGUUUCCUCAGAUAUAUAUAUUUCGACCCACCACAAGGUCCUAGUUCUAUGGAUAUCAAUGCACGCUCAAAAGGCUGAAACAGUAUGGGGAGCAAUGCAUGGACUAGAGACAUUCUCACAGCUAGUCUAUGUUAUAGACAAUGAACUUAUGGUUCCUGCCGAUAUUUAUAUUGAAGAUGGUCCUAUAUUUCCUCAUCGGGGCGUGUUGCUUGAUACUGGGAGGAAUUACUUUGCGCCAAGGGAUAUUAUGAGGCUUAUAAGAGCGAUGAGCUAUAAUAAGCUUAAUGUGUUUCAUUGGCACGUCACUGAUUCUCACUCUUUUCCUAUUGUGUUGCCUUCAGAGCCUGAACUUGCAAAUAAAGGGUCUUAUGGAUCAAAGAUGCAGUACUCUCCUGCUGUUGUCAGAGCGAUUGUUGAGUAUGGUAUGAGCCAUGGGGUUCGUGUCAUGCCAGAAAUCGAUACUCCCGCACAUACAGGAUCAUGGGCCGGAGCUUACCCUGACAUCAUAACAUGUGAAGACACGUUCUGGUUACCCUCAGGAUCAGAUUGGGUUGAUCGUCUCGCUGCAGAACCUGGAACUGGCCAAUUGAACCCCCUCAACCCUCAAACCUACGAAGUCGUCAACAACAUGAUCAAAGAUACCGUCUCCCUUUUCCCCGAAAACUUCUUCCACGCUGGAGCCGAUGAAGUCACCCCUGCUUGCUGGAAAACUGAUCCGUCCAUCCAAAAAUUCCUCUCAAACAACAGCACUCUAAAUGAAAUCCUAGAGCUAUACAUAAACAGAACAUAUCCUUAUAUCCGUUCGCACAAUCGAACAGUUGUGUACUGGGAGGAUGUAUUGCUUGAUUCUGCUAUUCAUGUUGAUGAAUCCACUCUCCCAAAAGAGACUACAAUCCUGCAGUCAUGGAACAAUGGAUCUAACAACACGAAAAGGAUCGUGUCAGCUGGGUAUCGAGCCAUUGUAUCGUCUGCAGACUUCUACUACCUGGAUUGUGGCCAUGGAGCUUUCAUGGGCAACGACAGUCGUUACGAUAAGCAGUUGGGUGAUGAUGAAGGGGUGCCGUUUAACUACAAAGGAGGCAGUGGUGGAUCAUGGUGUGGCCCGUUUAAGACCUGGCAGAGGAUUUAUAGCUAUGAUAUUACUCAUGGAUUGCGUGAAGAGGAGGCUAAGUUGGUUAUCGGUGGUGAGGUGGCGCUGUGGGCGGAGCAGGCAGACCCCACGGUCAUGGACGCGAUGAUUUGGCCUAGGGCGUCAGCGAUGGCAGAGGUGCUGUGGUCGGGGAACAGGGAUGAGAAUGGUAAUAAGAGGUUUGCUGAGGCAAUUGACAGGUUGAACGAGUGGAGGUACAGGAUGGUCGGUAGAGCGAUUGGGGCUGAGCCCCUUCAGCCUUUGUGGUGCGUGCGUAAUCCUGGAAUGUGCAACUUCGUUCAGUGAUUGAGGUUCAAACGCUUUGAACUUUUGAGGGUUAUUUGAGAUCCGAGCGUGGUGAGAGCAUUGUGCUUUGGAUUUGUUUAAGUUAGUUUGUUUUAGCCAAGUUUUGGCAAAGACUGUUUGAUCUGGUUCUGUCAUGUGUUUAUCGUUAGAUUCUCGAGGAAUUAUGAUGAAAUGAGAUAUGAUCUUAUAAUCUCGGAGAUAAUGUUGAACACAGUGUUACAACUUUUCUUCAUGGCCACUGUCCCAAGUAAUGGAAGUUAGUCCCCUCUAAUAAAAUUAUAAAUUUGCCAAA